GCUGUUAGCUGUGUCAUGCCGAGGUACUUGUAAAGCGUCGUAACAGGAGUAACAGUGCGUUCGUCGGUGGUGGUACUAUGGCACGGACGCAGGAAGUUGUUUAUGGCAUCUGUUUCGUUUUAGUUAGUUUUUGUGCAUUUCAUGUAGACUCUCUUUUCAAUGUUUAUCCGCGAAUUCUAACUCGCCCGGUUGAGGGGGAUCCAGGAGAACCACUUUUUCUCACCCCGCUCAUUGAAGAAGGAAGAAUAAAGGAGGCACAGCGGCUUGCUUUAGUAGGCGUAGGCAUUAACGAAGGAUGCGCCGAAAAUUGCCAUAGAGUCAAGAGUUAUUCCGGUUAUUUAACGGUCAACAAAACGUUCAACUCCAAUCUUUUCUUCUGGUUCUUCCCUGCUGAGACCAAUUCUGCAACUGCACCAGUGAUCCUGUGGUUACAAGGAGGGCCAGGAGCUUCAUCACUUUUUGGUCUCUUUACUGAAAAUGGACCAUUUUCAAUCACUCGAUGGAACUUCCUGAGGAGAAGGAAAUAUUCUUGGACUAAAACUCAUUCUGUCAUAUACAUUGACAAUCCAGUUGGGACAGGAUUCAGCUUUACUGAGAAUGAUGCUGGAUAUGCCAGGAAUGAAACAGCUGUUGGAAAAGAUCUUUAUAAUGCUCUAGUUCAGUUCUUCACACUUUUUCCAGAACUUCAGAAGAAUGAUUUCUAUGUCACCGGUGAAUCAUAUGGUGGGAAGUAUGUCCCUGCUGUAUCAUAUACAAUUCACACUCAGAAUCCAACUGCAAAACUACAAAUUAAUUUCAAAGGUAUGGCUAUUGGUAAUGGUCUGUCAGAUCCUGAGCAUAUGCUGAAAUAUGGUGACUACCUCUAUCAACUAGGAUUGAUAGAUAGUAGGGGCAGAGAUUUAUUCCAUGAAAGAGAGGAGCUUGGAGUGAAGUAUAUUCAAGAAAAGAACUGGGAUGCAGCUUUUCACGUAUUUGAUGCACUGCUGAAUGGUGAUUUGCUGUCAACGGGAACUUUAUUUUACAACUUGACUGGAUUCUUAAACUACUUCAAUUAUCUUAGUGACAAACCACUAAAAUAUGGAGGUGAUAUAGGUGAAUUCGUGCAACUAACUAAAGUAAGACGUGCUAUCCAUGUUGGAAAUCGGACAUACAAUGAUGGCACAAAGGUUGAAGUGUUUCUUAAGGAAGAUAUCAUGCAGUCUGUUAGACCGUGGGUGGAACAACUUCUUGGACACUAUCGUGUGUUGAUAUAUAAUGGUCAGCUAGAUAUUAUUGUGGCCUAUCCACUUACGGAAAGCUACCUGCAGGUUUUGAAGUGGGGAGGUGCAGAAGAAUACAGAAAUGCUACACGUCAGAAGUGGCUUGUAGAUGGUGAAAUUGCUGGAUAUUCCAAGGCAGCAGGAAAUCUGACUGAAGUGCUAGUGAGAAACGCAGGUCAUAUGGUUCCUACAGAUCAGCCUAAAUGGGCAAUGGACCUUAUCAAUCGAUUCACUUCUGGAAAACCUUUCCACGAAUAAGUGGCAAUAACAUUCAUGAAGAGCGAAAAUUUUCAUGAAAACCAAAUUUAAAAAUAUAUUUUCAUUAUAGCUAAAGGCAGUUUCUAUGUCAUAUGUCAUCAGAGAACAUUAAUAUCAGUUAUGCUACCAUAAUAACAGAUAUACUGUAAUCAUUGUACAUAGAGCUGGAAUUUAAUUAAAUUUCACUCUGAUUAUAAAA